AAUUUAACAUAUUUUACAGUGAAGAACACAUCAGCUAUAUCAGAGAAGCAAUAGGUGGCACUAUUGGAUUUAUUCAGCACUAACAGCGACAGAACAAAAUGGCAGAAACAGAAUAUCUAACUGCAGAUGAUUUGAAACGGAUCAAGACUACGUUUCGGGAUAUUGAUGGUAAUGGUGACGGCCGUCUGUCCAAGCAUGAACUAAAGAGGGCGUGUAAAACCAUGGGAGUUCGAGUAAAUACCGAACACAUGGCAACGAUGAUGAAGAAAAUGGACGAAUGUGGCAAGGAUUUCUUGACCUUUAAAGAGUUCGAUUCAUUUAUGCGUGACCUAUUAGAAGCACAAGCAGUGGAAGAUCAGUAUUUGAAAAACGUGUUUGCUUCAAUGGAUGAAAAUGGCGAUGGAUACGCUACAAGUGAAGAAAUAGCGAAAGCUCUUAACAUUCCCCCAGAGACAGCUCUGGAACUGCUCAGAGACGCGGAUAAAAAUGGCGACGGGAAAGUUAGUUAUAAAGAGUUUGCUGAGCUAUAUCGAAACAAGGUUGAGUGAUUCAGCAGAGUCUUUGUUUGGACACCCCGUAGAUUUCAUUGUGGCAUAGUUUCUAUAUAUAUAACAUUUAUGAGCUUCAUUCCAUUUUCCAGAUGUCUAUCGUUAUGUCUAUCGUUAUGUAUCUGUCCUAUAGUUGUGUACGUUAUUCUUGUUUGGGAAUAGUAAAUAAGAUUAUACAUUUUGUAUGAAUGGUAUAUAUAAAUGAUUUUAUAUAAGAUAUAUGAUAUGCACAGAUAAUUAAAAGGAUAAUAUGUGGAUGUAUCAAAUUGAAAUAAAAACUUUACUUUAAGUUA